AUGGCGCGUCCAGGGUUGCUGCAGAAGGCGGAGGAGAGCCAGUUCAGUUUUGGCACGACCAGGGAACGCGAGUUCUACAAGUACCUGCCGCGGUCGACACGAUCUCUGCCACAUUAUAAUCCGGAUACUCCCUCCGCGGAGGUGAAGACGGCGCGUUCGUCGCCGGAUUCCUCCCUGACCGCCUUUGCGCAGUUGGGCGCAUUGCGACUCAAUGCGCAACGAUCCCUGAUCUCCCUCUUUGGUCGCUACGAGGAACACAUCUUGACGGAAGCAACACGGACGCUGAGCUUGCGGGAUGACAGCGACCACGAGGUUCAGGACGAGCUUUGGGUGGGGGCUUGUACGAUAUCCUACGAGCGCAGUUUCAGCGCCGCGAUUGCGAGCGCGAGCAGCACUUCCGCAUCCACCUCUACCACCCCCCAUCAAGUCUUCACCGUCCCCGACCUGACGCAGAGUGAGCUGUAUCGAAACCACCCCGAUGUCACGAGCUACCCCCAUGUGCGCUUCCUUGCCUCGGCCCCCAUCGUCAGUCCCAAGGGAAUUGUGGUUGGCGCUUACACGAUCCUCGACGAUAACCCUCGACAGUCCCUUGGCAUGGAGCAUCAGAAGUUUCUGAUCGACAUGGCGGCCACGGUCAUGGAUUAUUUGGUCACAAACCGGUCGAAGAGUCAACAUCGGCGGAGUGAGCGCAUGAUUGUCGGACUGGGAAGCUUUCUAGAGGGGAAAGGCAGCUUGCGCAGCGCAUGGGUGGAUACCGAGGACAAUGAAGGGGGCAUCGGGUCAGAAGAGGGCGUCGAAGGACGUGUCAACGCUCACCAACAGAGUAAACAGCAUGCGGAGGAGUUGGCCUCUGUUAAAGCACAAAAGACUCUCACUAGCGAUCUACCUUUGCGUCUGGGCCGGCCCCGUGCCUCGACCGGCUUGAGGGCGAACAAUUCGCGAGAGCUACCGAAUUCCCUACCGAGAUCAGACCCCGGGACCACGCCGCCGAUGGGGGUUCAUGUUGGGCAUAAUCGAUCGAGUUCCAGUUCUGCUGGCAAGCACACCAGGAGCAGGGCCCCAACGAAUAAAGAGGUCGCUAUAGGCCGAAUCGAAGACACCUUCUCGCGAGCGGCCAACAUAAUCCGCGAAAGUCUCGAGGUCGAGGGAGCUAUCUUUUUUGAUGCCAGCUUUAGUGGCCAAGCGGCAUUUGUAAUGAGCAACAACUCUGAUUACGAAAGUAGUUUGGAAGGUUCCUCCAGUGAGGGGGAAUCGAAAGCAUCGAAAGGAUCUACAGCGGCUGAGACUCUGGACUCCGUGGCCAACGACAGCGGCAAAGAAACAGCAAAUCCGUGCAAAAUUCUGGGAUUUGCCACCUCGGACGCCUCGAGUGUCAACGAUGAGGCGACGGGAGAUAAGAACAUUGCAUUGUCGGAAUCCUUCCUUGCUGGCCUCCUGCGCCGCUAUCCAAGGGGCAGGAUCUUCAACUUUGACGCGGAUGGAUCGAUCUCCGCCGGCGACACCAGCGAUUCUGUAUUCAACGCCUUCAGCUCGCGCAGGAAGUACAAAAAGACGCGCAAGUCAGUUCUCCGACAGGAUGCGGCGACACUGCUCAACAUAGCUCCUGGUGCUCGGAGUAUUAUCUUUUCGCCGGUCUGGGAUUCGCAUAAAUUCAGGUGGCUUGCUGGCUCAUUUGCAUGGACCAAAACCCCCCAGCGAGUCUUCACUCUUGACGACGAAAUGACCUUCUGCACCACCUUUGGCUGCAGCCUCAUCGCCGAGGUACACCGUCUCCGUGCACUGUUUGCCGAGCAAGCCAAGUCCAAUUUGCUCGCGGGCCUGAGCCAUGAGCUUCGAUCUCCGCUUCAUGGCAUAUUUGGCACGGCGGAACUGUUGAGCGACACCGUGAUGGAUGCUCUGCAACGGGGGUUUGUGCAUACUAUCGCAUCUUGUGCUAAUACCUUACUCGGGUCGAUCAAUCAGCUUCUAGAGUUCUCUGGUAUCAACGACCUCCACCAGACCCGUAACAAGGGGCCAUUGGCAUCUCCUUACCACAAAGGCUCCGCAGUCAGUCAGUCUGACCCCGAAUCGAGCAUCCAGAUUGAUAUCACUGUGGAGGACACUAUCGAGGCCAUCUUCGCCGGGUUCUGCUUCUUCCACAGUUCUCGACACCCGCUACGGAGCGGAGCGGAUACCAAUGUAAGCUUGCCGGGGCAUGUCCACGUCAUUCUUGAUAUCGAUACGGCAUCCAGCUGGACCUUCACCACACGCGCUGGGGCGCUGCACGUGAUCCUGACAAACAUCGUGGGCAACGCUCUGAAGUACACCCAGGAAGGGUAUGUCUUCAUCCAAGUCAAGGCGCAAGCCGUCAUUGCCGAGGACGACGGGACCCCUGUGCGCUCCGAAAUCACGAUCUCCGUUCGGGACACGGGGUGUGGCAUGGACCCGGAGUUUCUUCAGAACGGCUACUUCACUCCCUUCUCGCAGGAAAAUGAUUUGCUGCCGGGAAAUGGCCUCGGUGCUAGCAUCACCCAGAAUGCCAUCCAAUCCCUUCAGGGGAGCAUCGAAGUUCGCUCCCAGAAAGCAGCCGGCACUGACGUGCAAAUCUCUCUCGUACUCGAUCAUGCGCCCAAGAGUGCACUCGCCUCCGACGGGAGUUUCGACGAUCACACGCACGCCGGUAACCUUGCUCUAACCAGAAGUUUAGUGUGCCAUAAAUCCAUCGGCAUCCUGGGGUUUGGGACCUCCACCAUGCACACGUCCACAGCGUUGUCUCUGGAGAAAAUAUGUCGGGAGUGGCUGCAGAUGGACGUUGUCCCCGUCAACCCCUCGCAGUCGAAUUUCCCUCAUUGCGAUUUCUACAUCGCGCUUCACGAGUAUUUGGAUAUCGGCAAUCUCGAGAUCAAAGCCAUCGCCCCUGAUCCAGAGUCACGAUUCUGCUCGCCGGUCAUCGUCAUAUGCUCGUCCCCAAGGGUGGCGCACUCGCUACUCCUAGCAUCACAGCGACGCGGCGAUGCAGACGUGCUCGAGUUCAUAUCCCAGCCGUGUGGGCCGCGCAAGCUGGCCAAGGCACUGGAGGUCUGCACCAAACGUCAAAGUCGCCGUGUUUCUGGAAUCAAGACCCCGGGAAGUACGAUGGCCUUGUCUCUGGAUACUCUUAAGAGGCAGAUAUCUCCCACCGCAAUUAGGGGACCCAAUGAUUUUCCCGGCCUUCGGACUCGGAGUACAUCAUCAUCAAAGUCAAUGAGUCAGACCCACCCGGAUUCCGCCGGGCAGCCCAAGACGCCGCGAGCAGAUGAGGAUUACUUUUCGCCCGUUUCCGCCGCCGUAGGCCCCUCACCUGCGCUCGAAGCGUCACCUGUACAAAAGAGCCACGCCUCCCCGGCCGCUCCGCUGCAGGCUCCAUUCACCGUACUCCUGGUGGAUGACAAUCACAUCAACAUAUCGCUGCUGGUAGCCUUCAUGAAGAAGUUAGGUCUCGAGUAUCUCGUUGCGCACAAUGGACAAGAAGCGCUCGACAGGUUCAAGGAAUCCUAUUCCGAGAUCCGCAUAAUCUUAAUGGAUAUCUCCAUGCCCGUCAUGGACGGGCUAGAGUCCUCGCGCCAAAUCCGUCGCUUUGAAAACUCCUUGGAAUCGCAUGCCCCGGUUCCUAUCAUUGCGCUGACCGGGGUCGCGCAAGAUGAGAUCCAGCGUGACGCAAUACAAGCCGGGAUGAACUUGUUCCUCACGAAGCCCGUGCGGUUAGAUAAAAUUGCAGGAACCAUCGAGGACCACACGGGGGUCAGUAUGGUUGCUUUGAAGAAGAAAACUCGAACAUCGAGGGGUGAGCAAGCACACGGCGCCACCAAAGACUCAUGA